AUGCGUCUACCAGAACCCCCAAUCAGCGUUUGCAAAAGCGAGAAGAAGGGCUCCGUCGCGGUGCAACUCGUCACGGACUUGGCUCUCGACGCUCGCGUCACGGCAAUUCGUCGCGCGACCAACUACAUUUACAUUGAAGCAUCGCUCAUGAGCCUCGUGCCCGCUGUGUUCCGGGCGCUUCAAGACACUCUUCCAACGAUACAGCGCCUAAUCAUCGUGACUCCAACGCUGGCGCCAUGGGCGGUCGCGGCCGGUUUUGAAAAGUACCGCUACGACCUCCUCGCGCCUCUCUACGCAGCAUUUCCGAGCAAAAUGAGCGUCUACACCCUUCGUGCGACACCAUUGCACUCAAAUGUUCUGCUCAUCGAUGACGUCUUCGUCGCCAUCGGGGCCACUGACUGGACAUUCCGUCGCCCGACACGCUCCCCGCUCAACGUGCACCUUGUCGACGCCGCGACGACCAUCGCUGACGAUGGCGUACGUGUCACUCACUUUGCGCGCAUGUUUCGUCUCGCGCGCUUUGCGGCACUCACGGGCGGCGUGAUGUCGUUCAACAUGUCGUUCCUGGACGCCGCCGAUGCGCUGCAGACAUACGCCGCAACGCACAUCUUUGGUGUGAUUGUGCCGGCGCCUCCUGUGUACAAGUACUACUUUGCGCGCUAUAACGACGCGACACAAGCCGCGUUUGAAGGCCACGCACCGUGCCAACGUAGCGAUGACGCGCUCGUGUCGAUUGCGUGCGUGUGCCGCGGUGUCGCCCUGGACCGCUGUCCCGAACUCCUCGCGUACGCAGACGGCCCCGGUGCAUUGGUCGAAGCGCAAAUGGAUGCUGCGCAGCUUCACACUGCCAUCACUGUCUUGGGCGGAAUGCUUGUGGCAACUCUCGUGCUUCUGUGCGUCCUGGUCACUUGCUGUCGUCGCUGGCUGCGGCGGCGACACAACCGUCGACGUAUCACGGCCAUUUUGAACGAAGCGCUGCGUCCGCAUCAGCGCCUUCCCUCAACUUAA